GUGUAUUUUCGUCCGGUCUCUCGAAGUAUAAACACAAGCACGUGGCACACGAGCGCAUUCAAACUGCGCAGACAGUUUGCUAAACUUAGCUCACCAUUUCUCGCACAUAAAGGACUCUUUGGCCGUUGUGAAACACUGCAGUUGAAAAGAAAUAGUCUACCAGUGGAUUUCUAUCAGGAUUUGGUCAAAAAUUUGAAACACCGGAGAUGUGGAGUGCUUUUUUUAUGAUUUCGUGAAGUGUCGUCUGCUCCGAUGUCAGUGUAGUAGAACACAGUGAGCACUACAUGUGUACGUGUAUGCAUUGUGUGUAAUAUUAAUAUCCAACCUUUUUUGUGAGUGAAGGCAUUGCUAUUUCAUCUGGACGCACAUUUUGAGUAAACUGCUGCAAUUUCUUGAGGAAAAAGUCAUACAAUCUGCUGCGGCCCACUCUCAGUGGUAUUUUGCUCCGGUGACGAAUCUACCAUUAUAAGACUAGAGAUCUCAAACUUGUCUUGGACGAUUGUUGAAGGCACCGAAGAUGGUUUUCAUCCCACUACAGCGGUCCAUCCUGAAAAUAAGACAGGAGGUUACGGAGAAGGACAUCGAUCCAGCGGACAUCCCCUUCGGCCCUCAAAGCCCCGCCCACACCCGAAGCAAGCGUCUUAGCUCCGGUGAGAGCCUCUCAAAUUCCUCCUACUCAGGCGCCUCUUCCAGCUACUCCCGGACCGACUCGGGCUCAGAGUCUGACUCCUGCUUUUCCGAGGAGUCCGAAGACGAAGAUGGAGCAGCGAGGCCUGGGGAGGACGGGUACCCGGUGCCAUACCGCCGGUACACCGAGAGCGUCACGCUGACGGAACGCGCGCCGUACCAGCGUCGACACUACGGCUUGGAGUGGGUGAUCCAGGACACUCGGCGAUCAUUCCGGGAAGAGGUUCGCCUGCAACUCGGCGCCAAACCCACCACAACCUACAGCACUACCACUCAGUGCUUCAUCAACAGCAAGUUCCGCAGGUACCGUGACGCCGUGUACAUGAUCCCCGGGGCUGCGAUCCUGUCACCCCCGAAGACAUUCACCACUACCGUGGUGGUGUUUCCCAAGUUCCCUCGGAGGAACGUGGUGAGUAGUUUGGAGCAUCAUGCGGGGAAGACCAUCAAAUGGUACCGGGUGGCUGUCGAGCUUGAAGCUAGGGACUUCGUCUCCGUCAAACUGGUCCAUCUAUCUUGAUCUGGAGUUAAACUUUUAUCGUUGAACAAAGCUUCUGGUGUUAGGCUUGAUAUCACUGGAAUCAACCACGGGCCCACUCGACUCUAGUGUAGAACUCGUCCAAGCCGUUACUAGUUGAACAUUGGAGACAAGAGUCAAAAGGAGAUUCAACUCCGCCAAAAAAACUAUAGAUUCUAUACCCAGUUCUAGAUGUUUAUUGUAAAAUAUUGAUCGAAACAAAUAUCUAUAUAGAGGAAUUAGAAUAGUACAUGUAGUUUAAUAAUCCUCUGUAAGAUGUACAAGACUUAGUUUCCCUGGUGCAGUUUCAUGGAACAUAGUGCUUAUAGCAAAUUUUCGGGGCCAGAAAAACUUCAGUGCCCGGCAAAGUUGUCUUUGCUUGGGUGUUUUCCAAACCUCGGGUUUGUUCCAGUAUGGCUACAUCACUGACUGCAGAAUCGUUUUAAAGCAUUUUAAUAUCCAAACUAAAUAGAAAUAUUCUUAAGUCGUAAAAGUAUACAAUUUUAAGACCUCAGCCAGGGUCCAUGAAGUCUGGGGUCCAAAAAUCUCUUGUAGCCAAAAUACGAGACGAAGCCAAAGUUUGGAAAACCCCUCAGCUGCUCCCCAACAUUGUCUCCGGAUGCUUGCACACAGGUGUGGCGCUAAUUUUGUCCUAUGACGAAGUCUUCCAUAAAAGCGAGUAAAUAAAUUCAUCUCCGUAACCGACUGUUUAUCAGGACUGUCGUCAGUUUGAGUUUUUUUAAUCACUUUUGAUUGAAAAACGUUCUUGAUUAUGAAUUUUGUGUCGCUGGUAAAAGGGCCGAUGACGUGUGAGUAACUGAUAUUUUUAAAGGUUUCCUGUCGUGAUUUUUCUUUUCUCAAUAACUAUGGAUUGGUAAACUGUUUCUGAUUAUGCAUUUUUAGUCUAUUACGUUAAAGAAGGAUGACAAGUAACUGACGUUUUACGUUUUUAACUUGAACAAAAACAAUCGAUCGAUAAAGAAGGUCGUUAUACUGGACAGCUAUUUAAAAAUAAAUGACGAAGUAGGUUGUGGUUGUAGAUUUGUAAUAUACUUGGUGUUUUAUCUAGAACAAAAUCACAUCAAUGAUAAAGUUGUCGUUUCCAAAUAAAUUAUUAAUAAAAUGGUGGAUAUUUUAUUUUAAUGAAA